AAGACUAUGGUGCUCAACGAGAGUCACUCAGAGGGCAGCAGAAUGAUUGCCAACAACACUGAGAGCAUCCCAAUGUCCUACGAUCUUGUGAAACUUACGUUCAGUGACAUGAAGAACGUGCCAGAGGCCUCCAAAGGGACCAAGAAAGGCACCAUCUACCUUACCUCUUUCAUCUUUCUGUACAGGGCGAAGGAUGCUAUGCAGUCCUUCGUAAUGUCAUUUUAUCUCGUGAAGACCUGUGAGAUCAAGCAGCCUGUGUUUGAUACAAACUACAUCAAGGGAACAGUGAACGCCGAAGCAGGCGGUGGCUGGGAAGGCUCUGCUUCCGGCAAGUCCGCCUUCACGGCAGGGGGCGCCGCUGAAUCUGGACAGCAGGUGCUCCAGGUGACAUCUCAAGCGUCCAGGGGUGAAGCCCUCAGUGGAGCCUACGGCCACUCUCACAUGCCUGGCAGGACUUGUGUCUUUCCCCUGCCAGUCACUAGUGGAAUGUAUCCCUGCCCUCCUGGCUGCCCUUCUCCACCACCUUCGCCUGAGUUCUAUCCAGGACCUCCCAAGAUGGACAGGGCCGUGGGGUAUGUGCAGCCCCCACCACCGCCCUAUCCUGGGCCCAUGGAACCUCCGGUCAGCCCAGAUGUUCCCUGCACUCCUGCAGCCGAAGCCAGGGCCACAGAAGUAGCUGCCAGCACCUAUUAUAACCCAGGCAAACCACACCACGUCUCCAUGCCCACGAAGCAGCCUCCGCCAUCUUACCCGAGGGAAGAUAAGAAGACCCAGUAGACGCCUCCCACCUCCAGCCUCCUGCCUGCCUCCCAGUCCUUGUUUCCUACCCCUUCCCUCAGGGCUGCGGCUGGGGCUGGGGGAGGUGAGGGAGGGCCUCGUUCUGCCUCCAGGUCUGAUCAUAAACAGUUACCAGGAACGAACGCUGGGGGACAGUUGGGUCCCUGGCCUUGGGAGAGGCCCUGCUCCGCUUCCCAGCCGCAUGCCUGCCUCACAUCUCUGGGGCUCUGGGGAGCACAGGGUGUCGCCCCCGCCCCCCACCCUCCCGGUCCCAUUUCACUCUCGUAGCUUCUCCCUACACAGGGACUCUCUGGCUACCUCAUCCACUGCAGUCCAGCUCCCUUGGUCUGGCAGCCACUCUACACUCAGCCUCAUGAGCCCCCUCAGACCAGCCAGGUGUCUUCCCAGAGACCCCCGCCAGGCCUGGUUCACAUUCCCUCCUCUGGUCUGUGCCUGGCCUGGAAAGGCCACCAUGUGCGGACGAUCAGCACAGAUUCCACUCAGCCAGGUUCUGGCCCCAGCCACUGUCACCCUCCCCUUCCCUGUCCUGGGUCAUGGUGUUGCCAACUCCAUGUGACUUUUGAGGCUGUAAAAUGAGCUUCUAGGACUUGAGUGGCAUCAGGACAAGCCCACUGAGGCUGGGAAGGAAGCCUCCCUGCUUUCUGCUAGUGUUUCUGGAAUUUGCUUUCCGUCUCCUCUCUCUUCCCUCUAGAAGGGGCUUCUCUACCGGAACUAGAGAAUGCAUAUCUGUGCCGUUGUGCCACCUGGGUGGGCCAGGAAUGAGGGCCCCUGACCCUGCAUGCUGGCUGGAGCCCCUCGGCCUGCCUCUUUCCUAUAAGCCUCAUGCCCCCGGAUACACUGACAUUUGCUCUAGUUCAUUCCUGCACUGGCCAUGAAGUGAGGUGAUGGUUAUUUAAAGAGAAUUCCCUAUUGAUUUGACGAAAAAUCCAGUUAAUAUAUUAAUGUGAAAUAAAUCCUGUUUGUACCUUGAUUUGUUGGCUGAAAAUGUGAAACAGUAAAAAUGAAGUAACAGAAAAAAAAAAAGUAGGAUGGUCCAACUCCUCUCUGCCUGAGACUCAUUGGGUAAUCUUCUCUGUGUCUUUGACUUUUUAUCUGUAAAAGAGAUUAUACUCAGGUCCUCUGUUCCAUAUGUGGGAUGACAAUAGGGGCAAUAUUUAAUCUGGACCAUAAAUCUUUAAAAUCAUUUAAUUUUCAGCUCUUCUGCCAUGUAAUGCAACUACUACUUUAUAUAUUUAGGCUACUUGAUACUUUUGAAGUAAUUCAAUAUGACUCAAGAGCAAGAAAAUGUAUCAGAUAGCUUUUUGAGGCCAUUUAGGGAUGGAGGCAAGCCAUGAGUUCAAGAUUCAAGGGAAUAUGAAGAGGCGAACAAAUAACACUUUCUUCCCCCCUGGAGUUACUAAACAGUGUGAGAAAUAAAAAGUAUGACAGACAGGAGACCACAGUAUCACCUUCUUAUCCUGAUACUGGAGAAUGUGGCUUGUAUCUGCAGGCAAGUCGGUUUCAUAAUAUAGAGGCUCAGAAUGAGACAGACUUUAUGGGUGGGUCACAUUAGCUGGAUUACCACUGGCCCCCACCCAGGGGAGCCUGCCCCAGAGAACUUGGGGUGUGGAGAAGCAGGGCAAAAUGUUUGCUUCCUAUGGACUGCUAGUUCUCAAGAACAGGAAGAGAGAAAACGGCUGGGAAAUAUGCUCAGUUUCUUCUCUCCAGCUCAUUCUGAGAUAACUGAUUCCUCCUCCUCCCAGGGGAAGAGUGAAGGACAAUAUGGAACGAGGCCAGGAGUGUUGUGUUCUCUCCAAAUGGAAGGAAACCUCUGGAAUGGGAAAGAAGCAUUCCCUCCUAACAUGGUGUGUUCCUAGAAGGAGAUUCUGAGGAAGACAUGGACCCUCUCAGAAGGAAACGCACUCCAGAUACCUGAAAAUGUACAUUCUACUUGGUGUUAUUCAGAAAUCUAUGGAAAUCAAUCCAUGGCCUCCUUUGGAAUCCAUAGAUCACAAAUCCCAUUUUAAACACAAAUCUAAGUUUAAAUAACUAUGUUCAUUGUGAUUAUAAAACAAAAAUUAAAUCUUAAUUUUUGAUGGAAUACAUAUAUAAUAAAAAUAAUAUUUUAAAUACAAUAGAUAUGGACAAAACCUUCAAGGAAAGCAACACACCUAAACACCCAUGUGCACACACAUACCAGGAAGCAACGGGGUGAGUGGCAGGAAAAAAAUGCAUGUUUUUUCUCAUUUGUUCAGGGAAUAGAUUAAAAGAUAUGGCAAUGUUUGGUAGGUUUAAGCAAGUAUAUAAAGACAUAAAAGUAACAUUUAGAAAAAUUGGAGAAAAAAUAUACGUUCUAAUGGUGAGAAAAAAUAAAUACAGAAUAUUACAGAUAGAUUAAUUAAACAUGGUAAAAUUUUAAUAAUCAGUGUAUCUAGGCAGUGAGUAUAUGGCUGUUCGUUGCAUAUCAUUCUGUCAACUUUUCUAUAUAUUAAAUUUUUUUCACAAUAAAACCAUGUGUGAUGAGAAAAAGAAGCAAACUAUGUAGUAAAGGCUAAAGAAGAAAAAUCAUAAAAGCUAUUCUAGAAUUGCUCUAAUAAAAUUUAAAAACAAAUCUC